ACGAGAGAAUCUGGCGUGACAUCCCACAAGCCAUCCUUGCACGUUUGAUAGGCUCUAUGCGUACUUCUCUAUUCCGUACCUUGGAAUCUAAUGAGAUAUUUAGAGCAAUCAACAUAUUUUCUCCAUUAUGCAAUCAGAAGGAUCACAAAACCACUGUGUAAAACUUUUUAAUAAACUGGAAAAAUGUCCCUAGAGAACUACUUAGUAAUUUCCAUAGUAAUAAAAUGUAAACCAUACUGUUAUAAUAUACAUGUAGAUGUCAAAUAGUCUUUAGUUUUAGCAAUAAUGUCACUGUCAUUAUGAUAACUUCAUCAUCUGUCAUGGCCAUUAGCAUUAAACUCCAGCAGUGCUUGACCGAACUGUCCACCAGUGGUUAUCGGUUUGUUGAAAAACUGUCUGAAUAUACAAGUCACUGCUCCAUCCUGCAGUUCUCAAGAUUGUGCUCAGAGGAACCCUCACACAUGCAGCUGCACUUGUUGCAACACUAUGGAGACUGAAAAUGCCCAUAUUCAUGCCAACACAUAUCACGUUUUAUCCAUCUGCAUAUGGUGUCUUUGGUCACUCGUUUAUGUGGCUUAUGGACACAUAGAGAGGACAGUCUCAUUACCCCUUAAACUACUUCUAACAUACAGGUAAUCACCUAGUACUCUAACUAUACACAGCUUGGGAUCUGAGAAGCCAGGUAACGUUAUCUCCCUUUUGUGAUAUGAAGGCCUGGGCUGUUUCAAUAAGACCCCAAAUCUUAACUUCACAUACUUCUCUCUGAUAUCCAUGUUUCUACAAUCAAGCAUGUGUAGUGAUUGCACUCUCUGUCCAGAUAGCAAAAGCAGCAUCAUGGCAAGUGUAUGAGUUAGAGAUUUUAGUUCAUUCUUAGGCACAUCCUUCAAGUGUUGUAGAACUAGAGACACAUCCCAUGUCACAUUGUACUUGGGUAAAGCAGGUCUAAGGUGGAAAAUCCCUUUCAUAAAGCGGAUAACUAAUACAUACUGUCCAAAACUAUUAUUGUCUAUUUUCACAAGUGUUGACAAAGCCGAUCGAGCUAUAUUUAUAGCGGAGUAGCUCAGACCUUGUUGGUAUGGUCUCUACAAGAAGUUAAGACCCUCUGCUACAGAUGGUGAAAGGGGAUUAACACAUCUCUCACUGCAAAACAACACCCACUUUUGGAUAUAAGGCCCAUACUGCUUGUGGGUGGAACUUUUCCAUGAUUGCAGUAUGCCGUUGAUAACUGGCUCCAGAUUGCCUUGACUUUCCAGUACUUUCCUGAUAAGCUGAAUGCUGUUAGCUUCAGCUUCCCGCGCAAUUGGUGUACUUCUUCGGCGUUGUUGGCUAGUGUCAGAAGGGACUUGGACUUUGGUAGCAGCCUGGGACAGUCUGUUGAUAAUUCCAGUAGCUUGCUGAACCAACACUGAGUUGGCCACAGUGGAGCUAUCAUCAGGACAUCGGCUAUAUCCAGCUUGAUUUUCUGCUGCACUUUCCCCAAGACACUGAAUGGACAGAAGAUAUAGUCAAAACUAGAUUUCCAUGACAACCUGAAAGCAUCCACAACUUGUGCACCAGGGUCAGGGAACCAUGAUAUAUAUCUAGGUAACUGGUUAUUCAGUCUUGAUGCAAAUAAAUCUCUACAUGAAACUCCAAACUCCUUAGUUUAUAGAAGAUAUUAUGAUCUAACUUCCGCUUUUUGUCGUCAGUGACAUUUCUCGAGUACCAAUCAGCUUCACAGUUGCACCAUAACCACAUUGUUCUUGUCAUAUCAUUACAGCUGGGCGUAGUACCUCCCAUAUUAUUCACAUAAGCCACAGCAGUGGUAUUGCUCAGUUCAAGUCUAAUGUGAGUAUCAUGUGCCCCAUACAUGAUGACUGCAAUGUAAGGAAAGCAGCAUAUAUAUCAUGGAGGUUUAUGUGCUUUCCACUUUAUUAGCCAGACCAUAGCCCACCUGUCUUGUGAUUUGCCUCAACGAUGAUAAACGGCGACAGAGGUCACACACGCAUAAAGACGACGGAGCACGACUCCGCUAUCAUUGUAACUCACUUGGAGAGAAUUUGCUGUGGCCAGAUGUUGUUGGUCCGUCAUGGAGUUCUUGGAAACGAAAGCUGAUACUGGCUGACCUAUGAUAUUAUCUCCAUCCAUGAACCCCCGAACACAACUCCAACAGCAACCGCCGAGAAAGAGACAAACAUAGAUAGGAUGCACUUACAAUGUCUCCUUGUGAUUAUUUUAUGUGGAAUAAAAAAGUGCAUCAGCUGUGGAGAUGGCGGUGGAAACGAAGAUCGAAAUCAUCCACCUACCAUAACCUGCCCAAGUAUAAAAAGCAAUUGGAUUGCUGACAAACGAAAGACCACAACAACAAUACACUGGGCUGCACCUGAGGUCAGUGAUCCAGAUGGAGAAACCUUAAGUGCUGUCCUGAAGAGUGGUCAGGGGUCAGGAUCAAAGUUUGGACGUGGUAGCCAUGCUGUAGCAUACACAGUGACGGAUAGUGAAGGCCUGACUGCUCACUGUAUGAUGAAUUUUUACGUUGAGGUGAAAGAAUGCCGUCGCCCUAAUUAUAUACGGAAUGGGGAUCACACAUGUGACGGUCGCAUUUAUGGUAGUAUAUGCUCUUUCCAAUGCAUUGAUGGCUACAAAUUGGUUGGGAAAUCUGAAAUCAGCUGCAAGGAAAACGAAAGAUGGACUUUUGACGUACCGACGUGUCAAGCAACUGAAUGUCCUCAACUAUUACCACCACAAAAUGGCCUGGACUACCGCUGUACAAAUGGAUGGACGUUUAAGAGCAUUUGUUGGUUGACUUGCAACGAGACGAAUGGUUUUGCACCAGUCAGGGGACAAUGGACGAUGUGUACCAAAGACCAGUCAUGGACAACAAACGAUAUGCAGUGUGAAGAUAUUCAACCACCACAAAUCAAGAAUUGUCCUUCAACAACAAUCCUGAAAACAGCUGACCCAGACGCUUCAACUACUUAUGUUCAGUGGCCAGUUAUUACUGUGUCUGACAACUCAAAAGAACCUAUUCCUCUGCGCAGUCCUUCUGCUUUACCAAGUGGUGGAACAUUUCCUGUUGGCACACAUAUUGUUAGUUUCACAGCAUCAGAUCCAUCUGGCAACAAGGCUGAACCAUGUUUCUUCCUUUUGAAAGUGCAAUCUGUGACAUGCGAUCCACCACGCUUUGAUGACAAGUACCUGGAUACGCCGGGUUGUCUGAACUUUCGUGAGGGUGCUUCAUGUAAACUGGAAUGUGAACUUGCCAUAACACUGGUAGGAGAGAAAUACAUCACUUGCAAGAAAGAGACGAACGGAGAGGACGGACACUGGGUGUAUGGCUCGUAUGACGCCCCGAAUCUCGAAAAGUCGUAUUGCAAAGUACACAAGUGCAAACCUUUACCUGCUCCAAACAAUGGGGCCAUGGUCUGUGACAGUUGGACAGGGGGUAGUCAAUGUCAACUGCAGUGUAAUGACGAUUAUGACAUUCCGGACUCCGUCUCCUUACAGAAACUGUUCCUCUGUGGAAUAGAUACAGGGAAGUGGCCCACUGAUAUUGUACCCAACUGUACAUACCGUGCAGACAGUGAUGGAUUUCGUAUGGAUGAAAUAUAUUACUUCACUGGAAGAUGUAAUCAGAUGAAGGAAGAAAUUAAGAGAAACUUCCUUAAGGCAAUGAAAAGUAGAAAAGUUUGUUCAGAGAAAUAUUGCAGCAUUGAACAUGUCACUAUCAGGUGUGGUGAUGAAGUUGAUGAUGACAUUCUGGAUUUUCGUCGAAAACGCUCAAUACGCAGAAGUGAUAGACGUCGUAGAAGAAAAUCGUCUAACUACAUUUAUUUCAAUAUUGUGCUACGAUCUGACUUGAAAUCACAAUCGUUUUCCAAAACCAAGCAAAAUUAUGUCUCAAGACUGAAGCACAUUGCCAGAAAAAUAGCAAGAUCAUCAUUUCAUGCUGGUGGCCAGCUUAUCAAAGCCUUUAAAGUUCGAGUGAGAGAUGCAGUUCCAGUUUGCAAACCAGGAUAUAAAGUUGGCUUCUUUCACAAGGACUCAUGUGUGCCUUGUCCAGAGGGAUCCUACUUCAACUUUACCAGAAACGAAUGCAUGGCAUGCACCUAUGGAUACUAUCAGGAGCAUAAAGGGCAGCUGAGCUGUUCAGUGUGUCCAGAAAAACAGACCACUUUAACUCUGGCCAAUACAAACAGUUUAUCUUGCAAAGAUAUGUGUGUGCCUGGCACUUUCUCUAAGACUGGUGUAGUUCCCUGUAUUCCAUGCCCGCGUGGUACAUAUCAAGAUCGCCAUCAUAUGGAUGAAUGUGUUAGGUGUCCCAGUGGCGAAACAACACUGGAUGAAGGCGUUUCUUCAGCAUCAAACUGCUCUGCAUAUGACAUCCUGUUUCAAGGACCUGUUACAAUUCCAGUGGAAGGCAGCGUUCAAUCGUCCAUUUGUGACUUUACCUUUGCUGUGUGGGUCAAGGUUGAAGAUGUAGACUAUGGUGACAUAAAAUUCCAAAUCUACAGUCCCAUAAUAAAAACUGGGAUUGAAGUGUCCAUCUCGUCAGACAUCAAGGUGAUUCUUAGAAACAGAUAUGAAUUGCUUGUGAAGGAUGUCGUGGACACCACGUGGACUCAUGUAGCUGCUGUAUGGUCAAGAAAUCGUCUCACUGUGUAUGUAAGAGGGAUGGCUGUAGCAGAAAAAGAAUAUGAAAGUGCACCCAGGUGUCCUUCGCCAACAACAUCAGUUAUGACAAUAACUAUCAGGGAUCAUGCAUAUAUGUACUUGCGAGAUCUCAAAUUCUGGCCCUCGGAUAAGGCUGAUGCUAUCAGAAGACUCACUGCUUCAUGCAACUCACAUCUCAGAGAUGCCGUCUUUUCUUCUGAACAAAUCAAAAUGCAUUCUCGCGGCAGAGUGUAUAAAGUUAUUCCAAGCACUUGUCUCAAACCUGAUGUUUGUGCUUCAAGUCCAUGUGGAGACAGCAUCUGCAUUCCUACCCGCAACGGAUUCAAAUGUUUUUGCAGAGGAGGUUUCUCUGGGGAAAAAUGUGACGUGCCACCUGAUUUGUGCAAAGACAAUAUUUGUAGGCAAAAUGCUACCUGCCUGGCAUCAGGGCUUGGAUAUCGAUGUGUCUGUCCUCCGGGUUAUAGAGGAGAACUGUGCGAGUUUGAAAUAGCUGAUGGUGGGUGGAGUAAGUGGAUGGAAUGGAGUGAGUGCUCAGUAACCUGUGGAAAUGGAACAAGGAAAAGACAUCGUUUCUGCACUAAUCCGCCACCAGAUAGACAUGGGAAGACAUGUCCUGGUAACAAGCAGCAUACAAUCUAUUGUGAGAAACAGACAUGCCCAGAAUGUAAUAAGGAGGAUCUAGUGGCUGGGAAAGGCAUAAUUAAGACGUGUGACAUACAAACCAAGUCGAUAACAUGUCAAGUCAAAUGCAAGCAUGGCUUGGUGUUUCCAGAGAAGCCAUUUUUAUACACCUGUGGAUAUGGCAUAUGGACACCAACAAGACAAACUGUCUCAUGUACAGAUCCAGUGACUCCACUCUCUGCAGGAAUUAACUACACAGUGGUUUUUGACAACUCUGUGGUAACACCUGGCCUUAUCGGCUCCAAGCUGCUCUCUGUGGGAAACAGUUUCGAUUGUGUGAGAAGUAAUACUUGUUCCAUUCACAUUGAGUCGUCAGUGUGUCAUAAGAGUAUAGCAAACUGCAAUAAAUUUGAUGGUCACCACUACGGUUUUCUCACUGUCAGGCGCAAUGUACCACAAGGACCAAUUGAUGUAUCAAGAAUUCAGAAGAGCACGAAAGUAAUGACAUACUUAGGACCGCUGUUUGCAACAUGGAACGUCUUCACCCAUACCAGUGACGAACCAACAAUGACUGAACGCAGAGCACUAGAAAUAUCAGUUGUCAACGAUUCACUUCUAGUACACCCAUAUGAUCAUCCAUCAUUGGCAUUUGAAGUUCCAGGUCAGUUUGGGAACAUCCUGAGAACUUGGCACUCACUUGAUGACACGAACUGGGAGGUUAGACGUGAAAAUUAUACAGAUUUCUACAUGAACGUAGACCAGCAGCAACCCUUAAAACCAUCAUUCAUGUCAGCUGUACAGAUGAUGACGUGUCCAAAAGGUGCCAUCCAAGGUGGCGUGUUUUGUGUCAAGUGCCCUCCUGGAAAGAUAUUUGAAAAUAAAAAGUGCAAGGUAUGUCAACAUGGGUUCUAUCAGGACAAAUCUGGAAUGUCAUCUUGUCAUGCAUGCCCUGGAUUCAAGACUACGGAACUCAAGGGAAGCCCAGACAUCUUGCAGUGUACAGACACGAAUACAUCGGAGCUUCGACUGCUGUUUGGUAUUGGUGACUCAGAAUUUGGAAUUCUUAACCUUCACAGCAUGGCAUUAAGUUUUGUGGCUGUUGAGAGAUACGGUGGAAUAGUUGAUCAUCUCGUCUACAAUCAGAGGGAUCAGUUUGUUUAUUUCACCACACAGUCCCCAGCCGCAAUCGGGAGAGUAAAAAUGAAUGGACUUGACCAGGAAUUGCUCUUCCAAUUCCAGAAAGAGAUUGUGAUUACCGGUCUAGACAUAGACAGUGCCUCUGACCUCUUGUUCUACACAACGUCUUCUGGGGUGCUUUCAACCCUUCACGUCAUAUCUGGUGCUGAACUGAUACUCCUAGCCAACCUCACCCAACCACGAGGACUUCGGGUGAACCAACAAUUUGGCGUAUACUGGGUCGAGAAUGACAGAAUAAUGUACUUGCGGCAUGGAAGUAAAAUGGCUCACAGUGUAUUGAAUGACUCCUACGCUGUAUGGAACCCCACCCUUCACAAGCAAGACAACAGAAUACUAUGGCAAAGCUACAACAGGCUGCGGGCGGCAAACAUCAAUGAUUCCAAUUCCCAAACUUUAGCAACUAAUUUCACGUCCAGAUUUGGCAUUACAGACAAAUAUUUCUUCUAUGUGGACAGCAAUGCAGUACUGAUGCGAGUAAAUUCUGACCUGAGUGCUAGGGCAGCUGUAUAUACUCUGCCAGCCGCUGUCACAAGAACACGACUGGUCAACAUAACGGAUGAUCCUAACUUUGUGAAUAUCUGCAGUGCAGUGCGGAAUAAUUGUGGUCAAGGAUGUUUCCCCAUCAGUCAAACCAAACGAGUUUGCUUUUGUGCAUAUGACUACACACUUCAAAAGGAUAACAGCACCUGCCGAGAAGACUUUUCCACGAAACUUCUAACAUCUGACUCAAGAGUUUGGAUGAAGCCAGCAACAUCGGAUUUCUCUGUGCCUCCUAGCAUGACCUUGCGCCUCAAGGUGAAGACGUGUCAUUCUGCUCAACUAGCACUGGCUGAGACAAACAGACGUUUGUACCGCAUUGAUCUUGGUCUCAAAAGGGGAAACUUCACCGAGAUGUCAAUCAAGAAAAUCUGGCCAAGCAGACCUCCUGUCACUUUAGCUCAUAAGGAUAUCAGCAUACUUAACUGUAACACGUUUAAAUAUGUGUGGCUGGAAUGGGCCGACAGAACCCUGAGGGUGGGAGGUGGUAUGAAAGUUGGCGAUCAACUGAUCUUAAUUGCCAAGGAUUCAUGGCCAUUCGAUGUGAAUUUUGUUAUGUUUCGGAGCGGCAUCAAUUCUACAUCUGAAUGGCAAUUCUAGAUGUAGUCGAAAAAAUAAACACUCAAUACCCUGAAAAUAGGCAAAGACAAUUAAUACUGGUGUAGACCUUCUACGGUGGCAUUUACAACAACAAAAAUGGGUCACUUUUGUAAUUUAUGAAAAGUCACCAGUCUUGAAACGCUCUGAGUUUAACAUUUCGAGAAAAUCCUAUUCACGCCCAAUCACUGAUUGUUUUCAACUACGCCCAGGAAGUGAUAAUAGUCAAGAAUAAGUAUCUGAUCUGAGGAAUGGUGGAUGGGGUCCAGAUGACAUAAUGUUCGGGGUGAGAUCAUAUGCCGGGAUAAUUGUGUUGCAUUCGGUGACAUAACACAAUGAGAGGGUCAUGCUGAGCCUAUCUGUAGACUGCACGUGGGAUGUUCAAACCAUGCCAGUUAUCCUCAUAUAUUGUUAUGUCACCUUAGCAACUGGAGCUGAACGACUGAACUUCAUGCUAAUCGAUAACGAUGCAUGGUUCUGACAUUUUACUUCUAUUUAUCAAAUAUUGAUGUGAGAACGCUUAAGGUGGUGAUAUCCUUAAAAGACACCUUGCUGGCGCUA